CUCGCGCCGGCCCGCGGCCCCACGGCGGCCCCUGUGAGGGGAAGGGGGCGGCCGCCAUGGAGCCACGGGAGGAGGAGGAGGAAGAGGAGCGUGUUCCUCCUAUUGCAACAACUCCACCGCAUCAUGGCUGGAAGGAGGAAUCCUUAAGCCGCAGCAGUAGUGAAACUCAGGCAUCCGCUACAAGUGGGAUCUCCCUAGGAGAAGCAAUACGUCAGAAAACUGCUGUUAAUUGGGGUAUUGAGACAUGGUAUCAACUUCCAGCACAAGUGGAUGCCAGCUAUUUAACUGCUGCCUCGGAGACAAAGCUUGGCCUGACCUGUGAUAGAAAUGACCUGACGGAGUUCCCUACGCUGGAGGAAGGAGUGUUACCUUCAGCAGAAGCAUCUAGAAAGCAGUCUCCUGGAGAUACAGCACAUGGCUUACUGCUGGAUAUUCAGGACAGUCAGUUGUCUCCCUGUCUUCCACUGCUGAUGUAUUCAGCACAAGGCCAAAGACUUUCAGAUGAUACGCUUCUCCAGCAAUCAGAAAUGGAUUUUAUUCCCUUAAGAGGAGUCCCUGAUGUUUCUGGUGCGUCUCAGGAGCAUGCAAAGGCUUCACACAUCCAUGAAGCUGUGUCACUGACAGACGUAGAAUCUCCCUCUGAUGUGCCCAGUGACUGCUUUACUUUGUCCCAGCAUCCUUUUUCAUUCAGACAUGUGGAACCUUGUGAUGCCAGUGGUAGUGGCUGGUUGUCUCAGCAAACCUCUUUUUCUGGACAACUGCCUGUGAACAAGGAGGCAAAUGAAGACUGUAAGAAUUAUACUAAUGAGAAGGCAUUGAUGCCCCAAACAAGUGACAAUUUAGCAAACUCCACUUCAAAGGUGAUGCUAACCAAGACAAACAGACUCAACCAAACAGAAGUUUCUCUUGCAAAGCAGACCUGUAGUACGUCUAUAAAAGACCAAUGUUUCUCUUGCAGCAUGGAUGUACCAGCUACUGGUUUUGAGCUUUUAGAGGAGGACAAAGGGUUACUGAGGCAUGAUGAGUUCUCAUCUUCAGAAAACUCCUCUUGUAAAACAGCACUGACUAAGAAUUCAGAAAAAAGGGAAAGAGAGAUGCAAAAGGAAAAGGUAAAAAUGUCUGAGGGUGAGUCAGAAGGGUGCAUGAAGCAGCUGGAGAAGCUGGAAAAAGAAAAGAAGGUUCAUGAGCUUGAUUUGUGUAAUAAUUUAUCUGAUGAUUUGAGGAAAGACAAUUGUAAAAAUUCAGAUGCACAAGAUGCUUUUUCUACAAAGACUUCUGAAAUAGCUCAACUGUCAAAGGAACAUGGAGUGGAUUUAAAUGGCUCUGAAAGCUUGAAGUUUGUGGCUGUUGCCGAGGAAAUCCAGGGAGCUCUCCUAGAUCAUCAGCAGAAACUACCAUCUCCUAUAAUGAGAUCUGAGAAAGAGGAGCUUAUCUCUACUGUGACAAGCACCAGUGAUUGUGCACCUAAACAAGUAGCGGUGACUGAAAUGGAAGCUCCUUCAUGCAGUGAGAAUGCCUCAGUGGAAGUAGAACCUGGAGUAAGCAGGAGUGAAUUAACUAGUUCGGAUUUUUCCAUAGAAAGGGGACAUAAAAUUACAGGCAUUUCCCCUUCCUUUAAUCUUGUAGGUGAUGGCUCAUUCUCUGUGCACCUUGUUCAUCCAAACUAUCAGUCUACUCCAGGGAUACUACUAAAGAAAAAUGUUAAGGCAGAAGAACUUGGUGUCCUUGUGAUCAAAUCAGAUACUCAGGCCUCUCCUUCAUGCUUAAAUGAAGAAACUUCACAGAAGUCAUCUAGCAGUACACCUGUACCUGGUGAGGAGCAACUUUCACUCCAGUGUGCUCAGAAAGAAAACAAUGAUUGUUUUGAGUCCUUACAAUUGAAAUAUCCCCACACUGGAAGAAUUCAGUCACUCCCAUCACUUAGUUUCAUGGAAAAGGUAGGGGCUUGGAAUGUGAGCCAGCCAGAGGAGAUACCUGAUGCACUGACUUCAAGUGACCCAGGUGGGGUUUCUUGUAGAAGGAAAGCCUACAGUGCAAUUACCAGUUCUUCAAACAAUAUUUUGUCAAUACAAAAAAGUGGUAGAGACCCCAAGGAUUAUGCUGCUGCUGCUUCCUCUAGAGAGACAGGUUCCCUGGGAAGUUUGCAUUUUCAUAAUAAAAACUUACUGCUUAUGCACCUUCUUAAUAGAUCUCAGUCUGUCAAUGCGGUAAAUGUUUCCAGUAGGAACACAUCCUUGGUUGAAGUUAUUCCACCAGCAAAUUCAAAGGAGACAGUGCGGCCUCUAGAAGAUAAAAGUAACAUUUUAGGAGUGUCUGAAAAUAGUUUAGGAGGCUCUGUGAUACAAAAGUUCACAGCUGAGAUUGUUUCUGGAUCUAGUGGUGAAGAGGCAGAAAGUAAUAGUACAGGACAAAGUUCAGACCCAAAUGUUUUUGUUUCCGGUGAAGGAGUUGCUCCGCUCCUUCGAGAGGGUGGAAACUCUCCAACUGAUGACCAGAAGAAUUGUGAUCCUCUUGAAAAUCACUCUGACAACCUAAAUAUUCCUACUGGCCAUGUUAGCAUGGGCAAUUUUGGUGAUAUUUCCCCAGAUAGUUUGACUCUGCCUGUUAGUGCUGGGGAAAGCAGCCAGGGGGACUUGGGCUCUCCUGGGUGCUCUUCAGUGGUUUCCAGGUACUUCUUCAGCAGUGCAAAAGAUAACUUCAUCCCUGUUGGAGCAACUUCUUUGGAAACUCCAGAGAAAGAAGAGCUUAAUAUUGAAGAAAGGAUCCCGAUAUAUCUUCGCAACCUUGGCAUUGAUCAGUCACCUGGAACUAUACUGACGCCAUUUAUACCCCGAGGACCAAUCAGGGAAGUUGAAUUUUCCCCUUCAGAGCUUAGAACACUGAAGGACUUCACUGACACGCUGACGAGGACCGUCCCACAGCCACAAGGUGAAUUGCUAUCAGCAGCUGAAAUUAAGCAAACAAGUUUUAACUCCAGCACUUCCACUCUCACUAUGUCUACAUCAAUGAACUCAGAAGUUGGUUUUGAUGUUCUGUCACUGGGUGAACUCUCUCCCCGCCUCUCAAGAUCUUUUGGAGACAAACCAGUGAGUCAGUGCAGGGUGUCAUGCCACCAACUGGAGAUAACUGCUCCGCUUGUCACACAAGGAGAGGCAAAGUGUUCAGCUGUUUCCAGACUAACUGAACCAAACCAGCAGCAGCAGACUGCUUCACCUGACUGCUGCUCUGACAGAGAGAGUCCCAUGCUUGUUGCAAAAAGUGUUCAGGAUCUGCUAGCUAAAAAUGAGUCAAAAAAUGUAAUUAGCAGCCUACAGAGAUGGACUACUGGUUCUUUGGAUGGAGUUAAAAAUGAAAUGGAAGUUGACAGAAGAUCACAAACUUCUAGUGUAGGUAGUAGGAGAAAUAAGGGUCAAGAAAGUGAUUCUUUGAUUGGGUCUGGUGCACUGUGCAAUACACAUAAGCUUUUGGCAGAGGAUAUAGCUGGCAGUCAGUGUGAUCCUGUCUUUUCCACUGCCUCUUUUAGAGAAACUGCUAAGUCUUCCUCAGUGCUCAUGAGAAAGGAAGAUGUCCCUGAGGAGUCCAUGUUAGUGAAGGACAGCGUCCCCCAGUUUCAGAAGAUACAUUCAUGGGAUGAGACUAUGGCCCAAAGCAGUAUGCAAGAAGAGGGCUUGGUAAUAAAGCCUCUUAAUUAUAGCACAUGCAAUUUAAGAUGUGAAAAUUCUUUUGAUGUCAAUUUGUGCAACAGCGAAGAGGUGAUGAAGGAAAUGACCAAAGAGUUUAGGACAGGAAAAUCUGUAGGAAGGUCUGAGCCAGAAGGCUGUAGUAGUGUAACUACAGACAGAAAUCAACCUGGUUAUGUGGGUCUUGCACAAAGCAUUGGAAGUAGUGAAGUCAGCAGUGGAAGAACUUCAGAGUUGGGGAAUUCUUCUUUGACAGAGCGUCUAGGUAGUGUCACCAAUGUCCCAGCAGGCUUCCAGAGCACGUUGUCUAAGGCUAGUGUAGCUGGAAGCAAGGCAGGAGGCUUGCGAGAGAGCGAUGACAGUAGCAGUGGAGAUUCACUAGCUGCCCGUAUCAAAAACCUUCUGCGGAAUCCUCCCUCGGAGCCUCUAGGCAGUGUCACUGGUGUCACAGAGGGCUUCCAGAGCAUAUUGUCUAAAGCUAGUGCAGCCAGAAGCAAGGCAGGAGGCAUGCGAGAGAGCGAUGACAGCAGCAGUGGAGAUUCACUAGCUGCCCGUGUCAAAAACCUGAGAAAUGGACCGCCUGCAAUACGUGCAACACAAAUUCUGAAGAGUGCGGAUGAAGAGGAGAUGAAAGCACGAGCAUGGGUGAAGCUAAAACUGGCCAGCCGAUCUCAGGAAUCUGUGUCAGACUGGAAUGAAGAUGACCAAAAAAGACUAGAGGAAAUAAAGGCAGAACUGCUUCUGAGUGCCAAGAAAUCUGCACUAGCCAAGGAUUCACGGGGAUGCAGUUUGGAAGCUCAGUGUGGCAAUAAGCAGGAACAGGACAUGGAGCAUUUCAAAUCUUCAAGUGACAAAAGAUUUCAAACUGACAAACAAAUGCAAGCAGUCAAGACUAAGGAGCUUUUAGAGUCAAGCUUACGACAAAUUGUGCCGUUAUAUACAGCUGAUCCUUCUGAUUGUUGUCUGCUGAAGGAUACAGAGUUUAAAUCUUUGAGUACCAUUCCAACACCUAUUUGCAACCAACGUCAGACAGUUGCAACUACUCAUUCUAAUGCUGCUGUUGAACUUCAUCUGCCUUUGCAGAUGGAGGGAGACUCAUAUGCAAUGGGGUCUGCAGCAGCAGAAGUUUAUUUACCAGCUCAGAAGAAGCUGUCUGUGGAAAAGGAUUCUGAAGAAAUGGCUAAGCAAAUUACUUCUAUCACCUUUUCAUCCCGAAAACGUUUGCAGUCACCAUUGGCUUCCACAGUGCUCAGCAGCAGUCUUACUAGAGAUGGUCUUGAUGGGAUAAUGCCUUUGGAGGUUGACUCUUCUAGCACUGAAGAACAGACCUAUGACAAGCAACGCUGGGAAACAUCUAAGACCUGUCCUCCUUCAAGUCCAAUGAGUGCUGGCUCAGUGUCUAAUGAGAUCGCUUUUACUGCUAAGAAAGACAGGUUUCAUCAUGUCUCUGCUGACAGUAACAGAGUUGGAGCUUAUCAAGAAACAGACGGUUUGUCAGAUGAGGAUUCUGUAAGCAUCCACGCUGAUAAAAGACAGACCCUUAGUGCAAAAAAUUCUCAUGUUCAGCCUCAAGAUGUGACGGAAUUGGGCAGGCAUAGUGCCAGACUCCUGGAGCUUGACUGCAAUAUAAGAUUCACUCAAGAAAUGAAUAGAUUUAAUGAACCCCAUUCUAUAAGCUCUUACCAGCAGGAGAAAAGCAGCCCACCUGGCCACAUCCAAUUGUAUGAGAGCUUACAAGGUUCAGAUCCAGCCAUACAAACUGAUAUGCUGAAGGGCCAUAUUAAGUUAUUUGAAGAAGAGAAAAAAAGUCUUUCUGAUGAAGUACCUCUCAUUCAGAAAGAGGAUGCGAGAGACCAAAUUGGUACAUCUCACCAUUCAUCUGCGGAUGAGAUUUUAUCUGCCACGUCUGUGUCUCCUGCAUCACCAACUAAGAAAGUACUGUCUUGUGUCCACAUAACUCUUUCCUCGAAGUGUAAUAACUCAGACCUGCAUGGUGACUUGAAUACUGAAAAUGAGAUGAGUUCAUGGCAUAAACCUGAAGUUAAUACUCAACCAGUAUCUUUAAAAACUCCAGAAACUUUACUAGAAGCUGUUUCUACAGUAUCAGCUGCUAACCUUAUUCCAGAAGAUCAAAGACCUUCAUCUUUCCCAAUGCCAGUGUCUUCAGCGGAUUCCUGCCUAGUGCAUUCCUCUGUUACAAGCACAGCAGGUCAAGAGCUGCCUCUGCAAAGCGGUGAGAGACCACAAGUUCUGGGUUCAGGGGGAUGUAGCCUGAAGAAUAUCUUCAACUCUGUAGCUUCUGCAAAGAUUGAGAAAAGUACUUCUGAUGCUACCACUCAGAUAACAACAGAAAGUCCCCAAAAAACAACCUUCUCAGCAGAAAUUUAUGUUAAUUCACAAGACAGUGAAAAUGCUGUCCACCAGUCAUCUCUCCAGAAAGCUCAGGAACUUCCCAACAAUACAAAUUUAUCUCAUAACAAGAUUUCCUAUUUCCCAAGUCAGAGUGAUCAGCCCUUAUUGCUGCCAUAUAAACCUUCUGGAAGUACUGGGAUGUAUUAUGUUCCUUAUCUAAAAGCAGGAUCCAGAGUUUCUCCAGCUGGGUCAGAAAUCAGCGUUGAGAGCUCUCACUCAGGGUCAAAUGAUGCUCUUCCUCCAAGGUUUCCAACAAGCGUGCUUGGUUUAAGGGAUGAUAAUGACCCAGACAGUACAGCUAUCAAACAGAAAGAAGGAAUCUACAGUAAGAGGGCCAAGCCCAAGCUAGCCUGGGCUGGGGAGCAAAUGAUACCGUUGGAAGAUUCCUCAGAACACACAGAUCAUUUGAAGUCUGUAAAAACCACUCAUUCGGUCUUCAAAUCUGCACAGUUCUACCUUCAUCAUCCAAUGCCCAUGUGUGAGAGCUACUUCCUGUCUAACAGCGAGUUGUCAGAAGACAGUUCUGGUAUUGGACAUGCUAGACCUUCCUCAAGGGCUGUCAUACAGAAUCGGAAAAAAGUACAUUGUCAUCAACAUGUUUGCUCCAUUUUUCAUAAAAAAGAUGGUGAAAAUGAGUUCUUUCCACUCACUGCAGAAGGAGAUUACAGCAAGAAUGAGGAUCUAAAUGUUAGCACAUCUUUGGGGAAUGAAAAGUCAGGAAAGAACCUACUUCAACAUGGCAGAAGAGAAGCAGAACAAAAAGCAGCUAGAAAUUGUCCUUUGCUGUGUAGCCAAACAACUUGCCUCAAUGGGACUGUGGAGAAAGACCUACCACCGAGACACAGAACCCACUCUAGUGGUAGUUUAGAUGAACUCUGGAUUAAGUUUUUGGAGUGCCAGAAGAGACACCAGCACCAUAAUUUUAGGAGUAAUGGGGAGCUGUCCCUUGUUGAACGCCUUGAUAGAUUGGCCAGGGUCCUUCAGAAUCCUAUUAGGCAUACACUAAUAACAACAAAAUCUGAAAAGAAUGUUUCUGAAAGGGAAAUAAAGGGGAGAGAGCAGAAGAAAAUGGAGCAUGUCAGCGUGUCAGAAAAGAGCAUGUCUGAAAGUACCUUACAGUCUAAUGCAACACAUGUUGAAGAAAGACCAGGUAUCAUCCAUGAUAAAAAUAGCCUUGUUAAGCUCAGGAAAAAUAGGCCAGAAGGGAAAAUUAUCUGCCAUGUGAAUAAAAUUUUGGAGCACCAGCAGUACUUGGAAACUCCUAGUGACACUUCCUCGGAGACAAGGCUUAGUAGGGAUCAUGGCACCACGAUGAGUUCCAUCACCUCAGAAUCAGAUGCGGUGACCCAAACAGAGAUGGAAACUGCUACUCAGACUGAGGUGAGCAGUUCCAUUUCAACCAUUGACACUGCCAGGCUGAUCAAGGCUUUUGGGCAUGAAAGAGUGCGAGUGUCACCGAGGCUCUCCCAGCUUUAUUGUACCAUCAACCACCAGAAAAUUCGCUCUGAGAAGUGGAACGAGGGAAGUGGCAGAGCACUGGAUGUAGAAUAUCCAAAGGUUACUUCUGAGAGACACAGGAGAAGGAAAGAGAUCCAGAAGGCAAUCUCCCUUUCAUUGGAUUCAACUUCUGCAAGUAGCGGUUCCUGGGGACCAAGCUCUGCUCUUAGUAACAAGCGACGGGUACGGAUGCUAAACAAAGGUAUCCAAGCAGGAGACUUGGAGAUUGUGAACAGUGCAACUAAGAAAAACACUCGAGAUGUUGGUGUGACUUUUCCUACCCCAAGAUCUAGCCAGCCAAAUCAACGGCCACAGGAACCCUGGCAUUGUGUUGAUGGUAUUUUUGGAGAGUCAGAUGGUAUGGUCACAGAUCAUCAGGCAGCAGGAAGCAAGGAUAAGCAGAAGGGACAGCCAGGCAAUUUUUUUGUGGAGAAAAGGACGAAAAGGAACAGGCUGCAUUUACCACAAGGAAUGUCAUGGUUUGUCCAAGCAGAAGACUUGAAAUCUGAAUCUAGGAAGGAAAACCAUUCAAAUUUCUUUUCUGGUCCUGGUCCCUCUUGGUUUGAACCAUUGACCAGCACAAAGCCUUGGAGAGAGCCUCUCCGAGAGAAGAACUGGCAAGAGCAGCAGCACAUCAACAUGACUCAGCCAGCAGUUCCAGAAAGACAUGCUGAGAACAGGUCCUCACGACCAUUUGUGAAGCUUACGCUACAGGAGGCUCUUGCAGUGCAUCGCCCUGAUUUCAUCUCCCGCUCUAGAGAGCGUGUGAAGCAUCUGAAGCUUGUAAUGGAGGAAAGGAAGAUACAGAGUGUAUUGCAGUCCGAACGAGAAGAAAUAUUUAAUCCUCCAGAGAAGAGAAAGGGCUACAGGAAUGCAAGCCACAUGCUGUCUGACAGAGGUCUUCUGAUUAGAGAAAAAAGAAGAACAAUUCCAAAGAGUGAAAUGGUUCAAAGAUCUAAACGGAUCUAUGACCAGCUGCCAGAGGUGCAGAAGAAGCGGGAGGAAGAGAAGAGAAAAAUGGAAUACAACUCAUACCGUCUGAAAGCACAGCUUUACAAAACAAAAAUCACCAACCGUGUCUUAGGGAGGAAGGUGCCUUGGAACUGAUAAAGACCUGUUCAAAUGAAGGUGUAUCGUGCUUAUUAAAUGUGCAGCAUGAAGCAGAUUGUGAUGUGAAAAAGAUAAUGCAGUAAAUACUUGUGCAGUGUAUGUUUUGUGGUAUUUGCUUGUGUAAUUUUUUUACCUAUAUAAUCUUGCCAUAUUUAAGAAUCAAUAAUUUGAUAUGAAUGACAGGUUUUUAUAUAAAUGGCUGGGUUUUGUAGUGGUGUUAUGCACUUCCAAAGUAAACAUAGUUUGGAAGUACUUGGUUCAUAAUAUAUUUAGAACUACCUGAUUGGAACAGCAGUUUUAUAUAUUUAUUUUAAACUGUUUUUCACAAUUAUUUUUUUAUUUCCUAUCUCAAUGUAGAAAAUUUAUUUGUAAUGUUUUGUAAUGCAAAAACCCCUUAAAUAAAUAACAUCAGAUCA